AUGGUGGCCAAUCUGCUUUCCAAUGGGCUGUUGCUCGUGCAGCUCUUUGCUGCCCUAGCUUUGGGAAAGCCGAGCAACAGCCCUCUCUACAAAGAUGCUAAUGCUCCGGUGGAAAAGAGAGUGAAAGACUUGCUGAGCCGGAUGACAAUUGAGGACAAGAGGGCCCAGUUGAUUCAGGGCGAUCUUACGAAUUGGAUGAACCAAACCACGGGAGAAUUCAACUAUACCGGCCUGGUCACCAACAUGGAGCUGAAGGCAGGCAUGUUCUAUGUCGGAUACCCUGUUUCUUGGGAUUGGAUCUCCGACAACGUCAAGAGAGCCCAGGACUACCUCAUCCACAACACCACUCUGGGAAUUCCGGCGAUUGUUCAGACUGAGGGUAUCCACGGAUUUUUGAUCGGUAAUGCCACCAUCUUCAAUUCGCCCAUUGCCUACGGAUGCUCUUGGAACACAGAACUCGUCGAAAAAAUGGCGGAAAUCACGGCACAAGAAGCCAAAGCACUUGGCGUUAAUCAACUCUUCGCCCCUGUUGUUGAUCUUGCUCGUGAACUUCGAUUUGGUCGGGUCGAAGAAUGCUUCACUGAGGACGCUUUCCUCGCCGGCGAAUAUGGUUAUAGCUACGUCAAGGGAGUGCAGGGUAAGAAUGUGUCAGCUAUGGUCAAGCACUUUGCGGGCUUCAGCGCCCCUGAGCAGGGCCUCAAUACUGGCCCGGUUCACGGUGGCGAAAGAGAGUUGCGCACAACGUGGUUGCCUCCUUUCAAGCGAGCCAUCGUCGAUGCCGGUGCUUGGUCCAUCAUGGCUGCGUACCACUCGUGGGAUGGAAUUCCAGCCGUCUCUGACUACCACACUCUCACCGAGAUCCUGAGGGAAGAAUGGGGAUAUGAAUACUUCGUUAUGUCCGACGCUGGUGGAAGCGACAGAGUGUGCUCCUACUUCAAGCUUUGUGAGAGCAAUCCUAUUGACAUGGGAGCGGUUACCACGCAGCUGCUGAAUGCUGGAACCGAUGUUGAGAUGGGAGGUGGUUCAUUCAACUUCCAGAAGAUUCCCGAGCUUGUCAAGUCCGGCAAACUCGAUAUUGGGGUCGUGGACACUGCUGUCGCUAGGUUACUCCGGGCCAAGUUUGAAAUGGGUCUCUUUGAGAACCCGUACCCUGCUGCACCUAAGGACGAGUGGCAUAAGCUCAUCAACAGCCCCGAAGCUGUGAAAACCGCAAGAGACUUGGAUAAGGAGUCUAUCGUUCUGCUUGAGAACCACGAAGACAUCCUGCCUCUGAAAAAGUCGAGUAACAUUGCGGUCAUUGGGCCUAUGGCUGGUGGUCUCAUGAACUAUGGUGACUACGUUGUCUACAGGAGUCAGUACCGGGGUGUCACUCCCCUCGAAGGUAUCAAGGCUGCAGUUGACGACAACGCCCAGGUCCACUAUGCCCCAGGAUGCGACCGAGCGAGCAACGACCAGUCGGGCUUCGAGGAGGCAAUCGAGGCCGCAAAGAAGUCCGACGUGGCUGUCGUGGUUGUUGGAACCUGGUCGCGUGAUCAGGGAGAACUCUGGACAGGACUGAACGCAACAACCGGCGAGCAUGUUGACGCAGACGAUCUGUCCCUUGUUGGCGCCCAAGGACCUCUGGUCAAGGCGAUUGCCGACACCGGCGUGCCAACAGUCGUCGUCCUGUCAAGCGGCAAGCCCAUUACAGACACCUGGAUUUCAAACUCAACCGCUGCCCUUGUUCAGCAGUUCUACCCAUCCGAGCAGGGUGGUAAUGCCCUUGCCGACGUCCUCUUCGGCGACUACAACCCAUCCGGCAAGCUGUCCGUCAGCUUCCCCCGCUACGUGGGCAAUCUCCCAAUAUUCUACGAUUACCUCAACUCCGGACGCGCCAUGGGGGACGUAGGUCAUGAGUAUGAAAAUGGGACUCUCGUAUUCGGCCACUCAUACGUUCUCGGUGACGCCUCGCCGUGGUACCCCUUCGGCUAUGGCAAGAGUUAUUCCACCUUCAAGUAUGGAGCUGUCAAGGUCGACAAGAGCGAGAUCUCCGCAUCUGAGAAGACUGUCACUGUGAGCGUUGAUGUGACUAAUACCCAUGCCACUCGUGAGGGUACAGAGGUUGUGCAGGCCUAUGUCCAGGAUGAUAUUGCCUCUGUUGUUGUUCCUAAUCGCCAGCUCAAGGGCUUCAAGAAGGUGGUUAUUCCGGCUGGAAAGACUGAGACUGUUAAAAUUCCUAUUAAAGUUGAGGAUAUUGGCCUCUGGAAUACUCGGAUGAAAUAUGUUGUUGAGGCUGGUCAGUUCACUGUCCUUGUGGGCAGCAGCUCCGAAGAUAUUCGUGGUAACGCUACGUUUAUUGUUCGGUGA